GGAGGGUUCAUGAGGAAAAACUUAGAGUGGCUGUGAGCGAUAGGACACGAUCGAUUGAUCUAAUGAUUUGAUCGGCACUUUCACGAUCUCCGUGCCAAUGUCCACCGAUGAACUCGACCAGCUACUGAGAAAGACUCAGAAAGAACCUUCCACGCCUUUGCUCCCUGAUGAGCUCUCGUAUCUCAUCACUUCCUUCGUCCCAAGCCAACCCGCUGCUCUUCGCUCCAAGGCAUACUUGGUGCUGUCCGCUUUCUGCCAGGGCGUGCGGCAAUCGUCCUCGGUGAAGGGAAAGCAGCCUGACCCGGCCACGGAAACUCUCUAUGAAAUAUUCGAACCAGCCGUGGUCUCACGACUCGCCGACUCGGACGACCGUCGAAUACAGGAAGGGUUGUCUUUCCUCACAGCGCUGUUCCAGGUCGAUGGGGAGACGGGUUCGCGUAUAUUUGGGCAGGAUGGGAUCCUUGAUUUCAUGAUGGACAGUGUGGAUCUCAAACCCUCGCGGGAGCUGGCACUUCUCGUCGCGCAUCUGCUCAGUCAGGCGUGUGGGAUCAAGCGAUGUCGCGCGCUGAUCACGGCCGCAACCGUCGAGUGGCUCGAGGAACAAUCGAGGAACUCUGACGAUCCAUCUUUGCGUGCUGCUGUGUCUGUUUCGCUGGUGAAGCUGUCGCGGGGGAGGAUUUCCGACGCUGCUGCGAGUGGUGUGACAGAAACUCAAGAGCAGCCUCAAGACGAGGAUCAGCUUGCGGAUGUCAUGAAGAGCUUGGUCAUCAACAGCGACGACAAGUCAUCCAUUUCCGAUGCAGUGGAAGGGCUUGCCUAUCUCAGCGUGGAUCCCACAGUGAAGGAUGCACUCUCAAGAGAUCCGGUCUUCUUGAAGCACUUUUUCUCACUUAUCCCUCAUCGCAAGACUCAAAACUUGCCUGCGGAGCCCAAUACUACCCUCCUAUACGGUGUUCUACUCACCAUCGCCAAUAUUUGUGCAUAUCGGCCCCGGUUGACAGAGGAACAAGCUCAGAUCGCGAAAUUGAAGCGGAUGGCCAACACCGCUAAGAAACCCUCCGAAACUACAGACGCUUCCUCUAGUCUGGAUGACGAUGACAUCGUCAAAGAUAGGAUCUCUCGACUAGUCUCUGCCGGUGUUCUCGAGGUCUUUGCGGGUGCAGUGCCAGGCACUGACAGCAUUGGUAUCAGGAGUGCGGCCGGGAAAGCUCUCCUCAGUAUAGUUGAGGAUCGCGAAAACCGAGGAAAGGUGCUGCAAAAUGGCGGUGCAAAGCUACUUGGCAUCAUUAUAAAGAAGGCCCUAGACUCGAGCCCUGCAGAUUCUAAAGUCAAAUUAGAGGUGGUGGAUCUCGAGCCUAUCCAGGCACUCGCCAAGCUUGCAAUCACGUCGUCGCCAGUGCAGGUCUUCGGGCCAAAUGAUGGCGCAAUCUACGAUGCCAUUCGGCCAUUCUCGCUCAUGCUACAACAUCCAUCCUCGACGCUCUUGCAAAAGUUUGAGGCAUUGAUGGCCUUGACGAAUUUAUCAUCCCACAGCGCGGAGACUUCAUCGCGGAUCGCUACUGCGGAGGGCUUGCUCAAUGCCGUCGAAUUGUUGUUGCUGGAGGAACACCCCCUCGUUCGAAGAGCAUCGAUGGAGCUUAUCUGCAAUCUUAUCUCUGGAUCGGAUGUGGUAUACGAGCGCUAUGGUGGCACCGAAAACAACACCUCGACCAGGGCAAAGCUACAGAUCGUUCUCGCCAUGUCGGACGUGGAGGACCUGAACACGCGUCUAGCGGCGUCUGGGGCUCUUGCCACGAUCACGGACUCACCCAGCGCUUGCGCCGGUCUCGUUGAUCUACAACUCGAGCGCCAUCGCAUGCUAUUGAUACUCGCUCAGCUGGUCGAUCCUACACUCUGCCCCGAAAACGAUGACGACGGAGAGCGUAGUAUGGACACAGCCCCUGGUCUGGUGCACCGAGGCAUCGUCUGUGUACGUAACAUCAUGCUCAACACCAACGAUGCGGCAAAGCGGGAGCAGCUCGCACAGGAGGCUUCGGAGGCCGGCUUGAUUCAGGGCUUGGCCGACUGGAAAGAGGGCUUCAAGAAGAAGCAAGUCGGAGUAUCCGAUAUGACCCUGCUUACCACUAUCAGCAACGAAAGUAUCAACGAGAAUCUCCAGAAACGUUGGACAAACGCCGAAAUAUAUACCUAUAUUGGCGCCGUGUUAAUCUCAGUCAACCCAUUCCGAGGUCCUCUACUCCCAUCGUCCGAAUCGGACUCCUCCACUCACACCACUUUCACAGAUCUUGGUAUCUACACCGACGAGACGCUACAAAAAUACCGUGGCAAGAACCGACUCGAAGUUCCUCCCCACGUGUUCGGAAUCGCCGAAGCCUCAUACUAUAACAUGAAUGCGUACCACGAGAACCAGUGUGUAAUCAUCUCGGGCGAGUCCGGUGCGGGAAAGACAGAGGCGGCGAAACGGAUUAUGCAGUAUAUCGCGGCGGUCUCGGGAGGGCAGGACAGUAGUAUCCAGGAGAUCAAGGACAUGGUGCUGGCGACCAACCCCCUGCUAGAGAGUUUCGGAUGUGCAAAGACGUUGAGGAAUAACAACUCUAGUCGCCAUGGCAAAUAUCUCGAGAUCAUGUUCAACUCGCAAGGAGAACCUGUCGGUGCACAGAUUACCAACUAUCUCCUGGAGAAAGGACGUGUUGUGGGUCAGGUGGAAAGCGAGCGAGACUUCCACAUCUUCUACCAGUUCACCAAGGGCGCUUCGGACGAACAUCGAGAACUCUUUGGAAUCCAGGGACCCGAGGCGUACGUUUACACCAGUGGGAGCAACUGUUUAGACGUGGCUGGAAUCGACGACCUUGACGAUUACCAAGAGACAAUCAAAGCGAUGGGUGUCAUUGGACUGAGCGCUCAGGAGCAAAACGAGAUAUUCCGCAUGCUGGCUAUCAUUUUGUGGCUCGGGAACGUGCAAUUCAGCGAGCUAGACGAUGGAAAUUCGGCUAUCGCUGACAGUGGUGUUACAGAUUUUGUGGGCUAUCUCAUGGAAGUCGACGGAGCACUUGUCCAGAAGGUGUUGACCUCAAAAGUGGUGGAGACACAACGUGGAGGACGACGAGGAUCUGUAUAUGACGUUCCAUUGAACCCAGCGCAGGCCAGUUCGGCCAGGGAUGCCCUCGCCAAGGCAGUGUACAACAAUCUCUUCGAGUGGAUCGUAUCCCGGGUCAACGUGUCUAUGAAGCCUCGGAAAGCACACACUCAAGUCAUCGGCAUUCUUGAUAUUUUCGGAUUCGAAAUCUUCGAAGACAACUCUUUUGAGCAACUCUGCAUCAAUUAUGUCAAUGAAAAGCUGCAACAGAUCUUUAUUGAGCUGACUCUGAAGACGGAGCAAGAAGAAUACGUUCGGGAGCAAAUCAAAUGGACACCCAUCAAGUACUUCAACAACAAGAUUGUUUGCGACCUCAUCGAAGAGCGACGACCGCCAGGCAUUUUCGCUGCCUUGAACGACGCCUGUGCGACGGCGCACGCUGAUCCGACUGCAGCGGACAACAGCUUCAUGCAGCGUGCAUCUGCGCUUGCCUCAAACCCGCACUUUGAGUCGCGAGGCGCUCAGUUCUUGGUCCGCCAUUAUGCGGGCGAUGUGAUGUACAAUGUGUCUGGCAUGACCGACAAGAACAAGGAUACCCUGAACAAGGACCUGCUCGAUCUGAUCGCCAGCAGUGGAAACCAGUUCUUGCAAACGUUGUUCCCUGACCGCCCCGAUCCAAACAGCAAGAAGCGACCCCCCACUGCCGGAGACCGUAUCAAGACCUCUGCCGGAGCGCUCGUCGACAACUUGAUGAAGGCACAGCCGUCGUACAUCCGAACGAUCAAGCCGAACCAGAACAGGAGCGGCAGCGAAUACGAUUCCAAGGCCGUUCUGCAUCAGAUCAAAUAUCUCGGUCUGCAAGAGAAUAUUCGAGUCCGCCGAGCUGGUUUUGCGUACAGGAAUACGUUCGAGAAGAUGGUCGAGCGAUUCUAUCUGUUGUCCCCCUCCACGUCCUAUGCAGGAGAAUACACCUGGCAUGGAGAUGCAAAGUCGGGUUGCCAGCAGAUUCUCAAAGACACAGGCAUCGCGCAGGAAGAAUGGCAGAUGGGUGUGACCAAGGCGUUCAUCAAGAACCCCGAAACCCUGUUUGCUCUGGAGACAAUGCGUGACCGUUACUGGCACAACAUGGCUGGUCGUAUACAGCGAGCGUUCCGCAAUUACCUACGCUACAAGCAUGAAUGUGCGCGUCGGAUCCAGCGGUUCUGGAAGAACAACAAAGAGGCGUUGGUGUACGCCCAGGUGCGUGACUACGGUCACGAAGUCUUGUCUGGCCGGAAGGAGCGUCGGCGGUACAGUUUGUUGAGCUACCGCCGUUUCAUGGGUGAUUAUCUGGACCUCAAUGGGAGAAGUUCAUUGGGAGAAGAGCUCAUUGGGAUCUGCGGAAUUGGCAAGGAGAAGGUCACAUUCAGUGGCCGGAUACAGUUGCUUGUGUCCAAGCUUGGCCGAUCGAGCAAACCCAGUCCCCGAUUCAUCGUCGUCACUGAGAAGGCAGUGCACAUUAUCGUCACCCUCGCCAGAGACGGUCGGGCGCAAAUGUCGCUCGAACGCAAGAUCCCGCUGGUCACCAUCAGAAGCAUCGGGAUGUCCAAUCUGAGAGACGAUUGGAUGGCCCUCAACUUGAGCACAGUUUCGGAAGAGGGCGACCCUGUGUUCAGCUGCUACUUCAAGACAGAGCUGUCUGCCAACCUGCUGACCUUGACCCAAGCCAGCAUCUCACUGCUCAUUGCGCCGACUAUCUCGUAUGCUAAGAAAAAGGAAAAGAAGGCAGAGAUCAAGUUCAUCAGAGAUGAGACCGUGAGGAAGGACGACCAGUACAAGAGCCACACUGUUCAUGUUGCUUCUGGAGAAGCUGCAGGCAGUUUGUCGAUGCCGCCUGCGAAGAGAAAGGCCGGGGUGGUUCGGCCCAUCACUCAGGGCAAGUUGCUGAAGGCUGGGGGUCCUUCUGAUAAACCGAAGCCUGUCUCAAAGCCGAAGCCUGCUGCUCGGCCAUUGCCUGGUAAAUCAGAGGUUGCGCCAGCGGCGAGGCCUAUGGCAGCAGCGGUUCCCAAGCCUGUGGUAGCGGCUGCAGUCAAGCCAACUCCGACGACAGUGAAACGAACGAGUAUGGCGCCGCCGCCUCCACCGCCUCCACCGCCAGCGCCGGUUGCCUCAUCGACACCGAUGUAUCGGGCCAAGUUCGACUUCACUGGAGAGGAAGGCGAGAUGAGUCUGACGAAAGACGACCUCGUCGAGCUUCUCGAGAAGGAUGACAAUGGUUGGUGGCUUGUGAAGAAAGGCGGCGCACAGGGCUGGGCACCCAACAACUAUCUCGAACUGGCGCCGGCACCGAGUGUAGCUGCACCUCCGCCUCCCACUCGACGGCCUGUUCCAACGAAACCUGCAGCUGCGCCCGUGACAGCUGAUGCCUCGGCACGGCCUGUGGCCAUCCCUGGCAUGGCGAAUGGCAACGGCUGGAAGAAACCCGCUUCAACCGAUUCUACCCCAGCCAGCUCACGACCUGGAAGCUCGCUUGCCGGAAAGGCGCCACCUCCUGUUGCAGCGAAACCGAAGCCGCCUGUCGCAGCGAAGCCAGGUGCACCCAAGCCUGGGAUGAAGCCGCCGGUGCCUACGGCUGCAAGACCGACUGCCGCAGGUGCACCAAAACCGAAGCCCAUUGGAGGUGUUGCUGCUGGUGGUGGCGGCAUGGAUUUGGCUGCAAUCCUUGCGAAAAGAGCACAGCAGAUCCGGGAUGACGACGACUAGUUGGGUAGAUAAUGUACAAUGGACCUGUAGUAGUACUAAGCAUGCGGAUGGAUGCAUGGGUAUGUUUCUAUAUAGAGAAUUCCAUGAGAGAUUAUUGUAUUAAUCUUGACUGCUACGAUGUGGGAGGCACAAAAGGCGACGGUGACCUCGAAUGCGCCAUCGCCAAUUCCUCCACUUCAUCUUCUGACCGGAAACUCACCGUCUGUUGCAUGCUCUCGUCCGCCUCGUCGUCGUCUCCAUCUGCGGCUUCUUCAACUUCGUAAGCGCUCAGCAC